UGUAAAAUCAAAAAUGAAUUUUAGUUGGCAACAGUUUUUUUGCAAAAAGGGUGGCAAACUGGUCCAAAACAACAUCUGGGGCCUCAAUUUUUGAUUAUAAAAUAAACGAACGCAAUGUAAUGUCUCUCUGUUGAUCCCGAAAAGUAAAAACCAGUAUGUCGUGUGUGUCAUAUCUCUUGACACAAAAUGAAGUUUUUCAGAAACAACGUUUUAGUCUCUGACUCGUCACCCCCCGAAGAAAUCCUCCCUGCCAUAACCGGAUGUUGCGGUUUCUGGCAAAUAUCCAUCUGUUUCGUCGCUUUUCUCGCCCAAUUCAUCCACGGCCUUGACGUUACCACCAUCCAAACCUCAUCCCCUUUGGAAAUAAACUACACUUGCAAGGGAACAAACUCGACCGAGUGUUCCUACCCCAAUGGCACCAAAUGCAUGGAAUUUGAAUACCACUCGUACUCUGUCAUUUCUUUCACCAAAAAAAUGAAUUUAGUUUGUGAGAAGGAAGAUUAUGUCAUUUGGAUCAAAAAUUUAUACCGGAUGGGUUUGAUUCUGGGAUAUUUUUUGAGCGGUGUUUGUGGAGAAAAGUUCGGGUUGAAGCCAACGGCCAUGGUGUUUAUUUCGUUGCAAAGCUUGACCGGGCUGUUUAUUUUGAGUAUGAGGAGUUUUGAAAUUGUGAUUUUUUUUGUCUUCACUCAUGGGGUGUUUAGCAAUUCGAUUAAUCUUAUUCCAGCAGUAGCAGUAACUGAUGUUGUGGGAAAUAGGUGGAGGACUUUGGCCCUUGGCGUUGCUGCGACUGCUGUACCUCUUAGUAUUUCCAUAUUUCCGUUUUUCUACAACUUGUUUAGUGAUAUUAGUGGCAUUGUUGCUGCAGAUUCGGUGUUUCCUCUAGUUCUCCUUUUGCCCCUCAUAUAUUUUCGAGACUCUCCCAAUUACGUCGUUUUAAUACUCGAUUUUGUCAAAGAAGAGAAAAUUCUUCGCAGAAUCUCGCGUUGUAACAAACGUCCAUUGCCUUCGGAGGCGCGUUUGGCCCCCGUGCAAGUAAUUGUUGACAGUGGUGUGCCCCAACGCUGCUCAUUUUGGGCACUCUGGAAGCCGACAUUUCUCCGAAAUGCUUAUUGUGCGCUACUGUGUAGUUGGUUCUUUUUGGGAUACACACAGAGCCUUAUUAUGGAAUACGCUUAUAAAGAGUUUAAGAGUUUAUCAUUGUUUGGUUGUUGUGGCGUUUUUGGAUGCAUAACUGCUGUGAUUUUGUGCCAUUUCAUCCAGCAAAAAGUGAUAAUAGGAAUUUUCACGAUUUUGAAAAACAUCUCAAUUGGGAUUUGCAUAUUGUUGGCUCUUUUGUGGAAGCAUCCUGAAUGUUUAAUUUUUCGAGUUGGACUUUUGUCGAGUGCGUUUUGGAUGUGGGGGGUUAGAGCGGCCCUUUCGACUCUAACACCGAGGAUGUUCCCGACUGAAAAAAGAUGUCUCUGUUGUGGGGUGUGUUUUAGUUUGUAUCAUCUUGGAUACUUCUUGGCGAUUUUGAUAAAUUACUUUUUCGAUUACUCGAUUUGGACCAUUGGGGCUGUGUUUUUAAUCGGGGGUGUUAUUGAGCUAUUGGCGAGUUUCUGGUUUUGGGAUGUUCACAAUCGGGAACUCCCCGAUUAUUUAAUAGAUUGUUUAAGAUUUGAUAAAUUUUACAAACCAACGAGAUUUUUAAUAAUCUAUGAAAAUAGAGGGUCACAGGAAGGGGAAGUGGAAGUCAAAGUAAUGGAUUUGAAUCCGACCGAGCUCCCUGUUAGGAAAAAAUGAUUUUUCGAAAUGUCUCAAUAAAAUAUUGAAAGUUUGACUUUUUUGACUUUGUCACAUGUGUCAUGUCUCUCUCCGGUCUCCCUCUGACCAAAAUCAAAGACGGCACUCCGCCUGA